CUGUUGGCCUGAUUUUUGCUAUGGAACAAAGACCGGGAAAAAAGGGAGGGAAAAAAAGGUCAUAACUGCGCCUGGCCCAGCGCCACACAUGAUCCAACCCCUCCAGCGCGUUUAAAACAUUGAAUGCUGCCACACAGCUAGCCCGUCAAGUACAAACUUCAAUACCACUAACCUUAGCCGCCAACGCAAACUACCUACAUACACAAAACCUGUCCUCGUCAUUUUCGAUUUGCGCCUCUCAAUAGAAAGCCCCUGUGCAGCAAGGCCAAAAUGGCUACGGGAAUGCGAACGAAGAGAGUAGCCAAGGAACGCCAAAAGAUUGAUAAGUUUGGUCUGCCUCCCGGUAUAGAGCUCGUGGAAGGCAACGACCUGAAGGAAUGGCUCUUUGACAUCCGUGUCUUGGACAACAAUCCCCUGUAUAACGAUAAUGUCUAUCGACUGAAAUUCGUCUUCUCGGAUUCAUACCCCAUUGAGCCUCCAGAGGUCACUUUCGUCGACAAACCAGCACGUCCAGUCCCCAUGCACCCGCACAUCUACUCGAACGGAAUAAUAUGCCUUGACCUCUUAGGAAAUCAGGGAUGGAGCCCCGUGCAAAGCGCCGAGAGCAUCUGCAUGAGUAUACAAAGCAUGCUUACCAGCAACAGCAAGAACGAGCGACCGCCUGGCGAUGAAGAGUUUGUGCGUGUGAACAGGCAACGACCACGAGAUAUAGAAUUCUUGUAUCACGACAAUACUGUGUAACAGCCUCAACUCUCUAGAUAACAGCGUCUUUUUGUUUCCCCUUCUCCUUUGUCCCUCUGGAGGAUUCUUGCAUUAUUACAGCGGUCACAAUGGCUCAUCGGCGUUCAGUAUACAGCCCCUUCUGGCGGCAUGGAUCUAGACAAUAUCACUGCUUGUCUGGGAUCUUCUAUCUGCUGAUUUUUUUGGGCCAAGCGAUUUUUUUUUUUUUUUUUUU